AUGACUAUGUCUAAUACCGAGAAUGAAGACGCUAAAAAGGCAGCUGCCUUCUUGGCUGGCUUUACUUCUUCUCAGCUAUUCAUUCUCAUGGUUUCUUCUGGGAGUUAUGCGGUGGACAGGUUUAUGCUUCCUAGGAGUUGCAUAGGAUUAUAUAUUAACAGGACCAUUAUUGCAUUCAGGCUGUCUACAUUCAUUGGAUCACUUCUUCUUAAUAUACCAGUACUUAGCAUUGAGGAAUUUAAAAAGCGUCUUGACAUUGUUUCUACGGUAUCCAUUUGGUUAUAUUGUCUAUCCUUCCUAGCUCUGCUACUGAUAUAUUACAAUGGAGGGAAAAAGGGGCACAUCAUGUACUACUACUGUGCGAUCAUUUUCGCAUCGAUUGUAUACGGUUCAAAUAACGUCUGCCUUCCGGCUGUAAUAGGGAAGGAUAUGCCCUUUUACGUAGGUUCUAUCCAGUUAUCUGCCGUCAUGGUUUCCGCUUACCAGUUUUUGUUCACAAAGAUUGCAAAGGCAUGGAUGGUCACAAAUAUUCCAUACAAAUUAAUUGUCGGACAAUUAUCACUUGUAGUGUUUGUAUCUGGGAUAUCCGCAAUAUUGUGGUCUGUUGCGUAUGCAGGGAAAGAGCUUAACGGAGGUAGUAGUAGUUUCUCUGGAAUAAGUAAGGCAAUAUCUCCAAUUAUGUUGACUACUUUGGGAUUUGGAAUGCAAAAUCUAUUUUACCCUGCUAUUGCUCCUUACAAAUUUAUUGGAAUGGGUCCUGGUUCUAAGAUUUCAAUGGCUGUCUUAUUCACAAGUACAAUACCAGGCAUGACUAUCUUUGCCAUGUCUCAGUAUAGUAAAGGUCCAAACAGCCAAUGGAAAGGAUAG